GUCAACCAACAAUUAGUGCUUGAAGGAGGAGGCUGUAAUUCGGUAAUUUUUUAAGAAAUCGAAAGGUAAACGUUGUCUGUAAAUAGGAUUAAUUGUUUCAGAUCCAAAACGGAUAUCAAAUCUCUUCGUUCAGCCUAACAUUACUUGGUACAAAAUGUGCAUUUACAAUCCAGCAGGUGUGCAAGCUGUGAGCAACAGAGAUGUGCAUCAGUUCUUAACUUGCCGUCACGAUAGCGGGAGGCAGUGCUGACGAAUGAACGCCGGCAUGGGAAGUGGGAAAUACAAGCCGGUUUGCUACGAAACCUUGCAGACCUUGGUGGAAGCCAAGAAACGUGACUCUGCUCAGCUUGAGGAAAAGAUCCUGAGAACGCGCCAGGCAGCACAGAGGUCCAAAGAGAACACGCUUCUGAGACAGCACCGACAGGCCUGGAGUCGAGAGCACGGCAGAUUAGCCAGGGCCCGUGGGAAAGCCGAGUCAGAGCUUCAAGAAUUCUUGGGGCAAGGAGGGGCAGAUGUGGAAUUCCUGUCCCAGUUUCUGGACUAUGAUGUGCUCCUGGAGAGGGAGCGGGCAGUGUUCGAGACAGCCACAGUGAAGCCCAUCUGGCAGCUGAGGGACGACCUACGUUUCCGACUGGCCGAGGAGGGGCGAGGUCCUUCUCAACCUUGUGAACUGGACCUGAUCCUGCAGCAGGUGCAGUCUGUCAAGGAGCAGCAGGCAGAGAUUGAGAAAAAGCUACGUACUGAAUACCUACGAUUGGAACGAGAAAUGUCUGCUAUGCAGAUAGAGGAAUGUUUGUCUCCCAUCCAAGAGGACCCCGGCGACAUGGGGCAGGUCCCGGCAGAGAUCCUGCACUCGGAGUGCCCCUACCCUGAUUUGAAAGCGUCCCUUAUCCGUGAGUUCCAAGGCCUGUCUGAAAAGUACAGGUCCAGACUGGAGUCCAUCAAGCUCAACCUGCAAGAUCUGGACAGGUGCUGUGGGUGGACUCCAGAAGAUCACCUGGCAUUUGAGGUUACCAUGAGCCAGUACCCACCUAGCGUGAGCAUGCACAGAAUCCUCUACAUGGAUAUGCUGCAGAGGCUUCUUCCCCAUAAAGCUAGACAGGAGCUGCAAGAACAUGAGCGUUGCUGGGACCAGUACCACUACACCCUGGAACAGAGGCAGACGCUGAUCCACAGCUGGCGGCGAGAUCGGGCUGCUCUGCUGGACGAGGCUCUUUCGACCCUGCAGGAGGCCCGGCUGGCCCAUUUGCGGGAGCUUGCUGAGCGGGGCGACCGGGAGCAGCAGCAGGCGACCUGUGCCCAUCUCAGACAGAAGUUACUGCAGUGGCGACUGCAGCAGGAGGAGGCCGGCCGCCUGGAGGAGGCAGAGGCGGCCAGGAGGCGGGAGGAAAAGCAGGAGAGGCUGAGGAGGGAGCAGGAGCAAGAGGACAAGCGGAGGACCUUCGAGAAAGAGAGGAUCAGGGGGUACCGCUUCGAGAAGCACAGGAGGAGAGAGGAGCUCCGGGAGAUUGCAGAGCAGAGGCUGGCUGCACUGAGGACGCUGAUGACAGAACGGGCCAGGAGGGAUAUGGAGAGGGUGCAGUUUCGGGAGGAGAUUCUGCAGCGCCGCAGGGAGGAGAAGGAAGGACAGCUGCUGAUGCGGCUACGGGAGCAGGAGGAGAAGCAGGAGCGACUGGAGUCCCUCAGGAAGGAGGUAGCGGUGUUCGUGGAGGCAGACCCAGAGAGAAUGAUGAAAGACACCCAGGCCUCUAAGAAUCGAUACCAGGGGGGAGCAGAGGAGUUUGUAUUGCAUAAGCCUCUUUACCAUCUGCAUACGUACACUGAUGCACAGGUCACAUCAGAUCCGAGACUGCGCAUAGAAUGUGCACUGCGGGAGGCGGGCCUCCACAGCGCGUUGUACGCCCAGGAAGUCCUGUCCGGCAUCCGUCCCAAGCGGCCACCGCGAAGAGACACCCAGUCUACGGGCUUUCGGUUCUAAUGUGACCCACCCUUGUCUAUCACCCAGAAAAUAUAUGGGACAGCUGGACAAAUGCUAAGCUCUCAAGCAGGUGGACAAUCGCCGGAGCGAUUCUGCGAGAUAUUUAUCUUGCUUGAGUCAUGUUGCCCCAUCUCUCCUCAGCUCUGGUCAAUAAAACUGCCCCCAAGUCAAACUUCUCCAGUGCCAAACCACCAUGCCUGGGAAAAAAAACAAAAAACCUGAAUCAUUGUACAGGGAAGUGGGCUUGGCUAAUUACCCCUGGUGAUAUCACUAGGUGUAUGAAGUGCUAACAGGUUCACGCUUGCUGCUAGCAGAUUCUAUCUCACCCCAAAGCAGGAGAAGGAAGGGCCUCUUAACAGUGAUGUGCCCCAUUACCCACAGUGCUGCUCCCACAGGCUUAUUAAGAGAAUGUUCCGGAACAUGUCCCUUCCAUCAAUUCAGCAAUUCACCCUACAUGUUCCGGCACCCACUGGCUGACUGGAUGAUUUUGGAUGGAUUUGCGAGGAAAAAAAAGUAACCAACAGACAGUCUACUCCAUGAUAAAAGGUACCAGACUGUCUCCUAGUGAAGCAGGAAUGCGAAGCAGGAGAGUGAAGCAUGUG